AUGUUAAAUAUAAACCCAGUCAAAAAUGGGUUUAUAAAAAGAUUAUGUAAUAAAAAUAUUUUAUCAAUAAGAUAUUAUUGUUCAAAUACAAAUAGUUUUUUAGAUUCAUUGGAUUGGGACACCGAAACUUCUAAUAAACCAACUGAUCAAAGAGAUAAUAUUACAACUCCAAAUAAUAUCAAAAUAAAUAAAAAAAAAAUAAAUAAUAGUUUUUCAAAUAUUCAAUGGCCAACAAAAGAUAGUUUAGAACAACAAUCUCAACCAGAGAAAGAAGAUGAUAGAAUUGAUUUACACAAUAUUAGAUUAAAUGGGUCAGAUAAAGGAAAAUCAAACUAUAAUUUUAUUUCGACAGAUACAUAUAAGGAAUUUUCAAGUUCAUCAAUUCAAAUAAUAGAAAAUAACCCAAUGUCAAAAAGAAAAAAGAGAAAAAUAAAAAAUAAUAUAAAUAACAGUUUGAGUGUUAAUACAGAUAAUAAUAAUAUUGAUAUCAAUAGUAAAGAUAAGAUUGAUUAUAAUAAUAGUAAUAUAGAAGUUAAUGUUGAUAGUAAAAUAGAUAAUAUUAAUAAUACAAAUAUAGAUCAAAAUAUUUUUAAAUCACCCAAAUUUUUUACACCAAUGUUGGAUCAAGUAAUUAAAUGUAAUGAAAGAUUCAAGUUUAUUUUAAAUCCAGCAAAGUUAGAAAUAUAUGAUGUAGUUUUGGUAUAUAACAGAGUGCACAAAAGAAUUUAUUUAGACUAUAUAUCAAUGAUCGAUGUCAAGAAUAAUAAAAUGAUAUUAUCAGAAAAUAACGAAUACUCCAUCAACGAAAUUAUAUUAUGUUUCCCACUAUCACCAUUAAGAAGAAACAAUCAUCGUUUUUUUAAUGAAUUUAUCGAAUCAUUAUCCGACUUUGCAGAUAUCAGCCAACAACAUGUCAUAAUUAAUGAAUUAAAGCACAGAAUCGAACAUAUCAAACACUCUGUCAACAGGGAACAUUUAUUUGGUAGCUUUGACUCACUAUUUAGAGAAUUACUAGUAUUUUUAAAUGACUGCUUCAUUUCCGAGUGCAACAGCCAAUUCGAUGCCCACUCUUUAUUCUUCGAGAAAUAUGGUUUCAUGUCAGAAAAAAAGGAUGGUAUAAUUAAUGGUUUAAAAAUUAUAGGCGAUAUUAGCGAUUGGGCAGAUCAAUAUGACGUACAAGUUAGAAGCGAAAUUCCAAUUAGCGAGGGUGCCUCUUUAUUCUACAGAAAUACUUAUUAUAAAUCAAAGUGGGGCGACAUACUAUUAUACUUUUAUUUUGUAAGCUCUUUAGAAUAUUUCCCAUUCUACCAAUUAUCAUCACCAAGAAAUUUUUGUUUUAGAUCCACCAAUGAUGAAAUUUUUAGCAACAUUGAAAUGUUAAAUAAUAUCGAUCAAGACAAUAUAGAAAGAACGAAAUUCUUCAAAUAUUGUAUCAGUGAAAUUAUUAUUAAUAAUCCAAAAGACUUCAAAUUAAAUAAAUAUUCAGAUGAAAUUUACCAGAAUGAAGCUAUUCAGUAUAAUAUUGACGAACCAUUCCAACUAUAUAUUUCACUAUUAAAAAAAUAUUACACCGAAACUCAAUGUAUUGAAAGAUACAAUAACUAUGAAACAAAAUUAAUUUUUUCAAAAUUAUUAGAACCAAUUGGUAUAACUAAAUCGAAGGAAAUCAAACUCUUUUUAUCAUUUUUAUUAGCUAAAUUUAAAAACCAUCAAGAAUCACCAAAAAAUGAAAUUACUUUCAUAAAUAAUCCAAAAAUUCAAAUCGAAAAAAAUAUUGAAGAUAAAAUUAAUAAUAGAAUAGAAAUAAAUGAAAAGUCAAUAUUAUUAGAGCAAAUGGACUCAUCAAUUACAUUAGGAGAAAUUAAUCCAGAGGAUGAAUCAAUAUCAUUAAAUAUUAAUAUCCCAGAUUUUACAGAUUUAAUACCAGAAACAUCUUCAAUCGAUACAUGGUGUAUGCUUAAAUCUUUAAAUUUUGAAAAAGAUAGUGGUGAAGUUUGCAAAAUGAUACCAGAGGAUAUCUAUGAUGAAAUUAAAAUUAAACAAGAAGAUGAAAAUAAACCAUGCAUUUCAAUUUUUAUCACAUUCAGUAAAGCAGGUGAAAUUAUUAAUUAUUCAGUUUCCCCAAGUAUCCUCAAGAAUGUUCAAUUGUUAACUGAUAGCUCUAUCAAUAAUAUAAUAAAGAAUGAAAUGGUCGACGAUGUAGAUUCAAUCACCCAACAAGAAAAUGAAUUAAUAAAGAAAUUAAUAAGUUUCAGUAAAGUUAUGAACUGUAAAACCAAAUACUCUUUAAGCAAAUUAUCAGCAAACAAUAUUAAAGAUGUAGUCAAAGAAUUAUCAAAUCAUGUAAUUGCCAGAUAUGCCUCAGAAAACAAUAUUGAAAUCCCAUAUUGGAACUAUGUAAAAGAUGUUCAAAUUAGUAAUUCUACAAGCAAAAAUAUUAAAAUUAUUACAAGUGAAAAACCAUCAGAAAUCGAAUCAUUAAAGAAAGGAAGCAAAUACAAAAAUCAAAAUAUUUAUUUAACCCCAAACAGUAAUAUUAUUUCACCAUUAACAAAUUACAUUGAUCUUUUUGUUUUACGUAUAAUUAAAAACCAUUUAGUUUCAAAACAAGAACAACAAGAACAACAACAAUCAAAUAACCAAAAUGAAACAUCAUCAUCAUCAUCAUCCCCAUCCCCAUCAUUCUCAAAAGAAUAUGUAAGAAACAUUAUUAUACCCUAUUUAAAUUUCAAGUAUUUAGAUAAUAAAAUCUAA